CAGGAUCAUAAUGGACGUCUCCUCUGCACUCUCACAGCUCCGCCAGCCGACGACACUCUCCAUCCUCCAUCUCUCAGAACCACUUCUCACAACAAACGGCAACGCCAACAACAGCAACAAUGACUCCCAGGACGCGUCCUACACCCAACUCAUGAAUGCGCCAUCCUCUCUCUCGGCAGAUCUAGUCCAUUACCGCGAUCUCUUCUCCAAGCUUCGUUUCAGCUACGUCGAACAAGUCACCAAAGAGCGCUUCCUGCGCGCCGUCAUUGCCGACCAGCCGGAGUUUGUCUCUGCAGAAGACAAUGCCGAGCUAGAAGAGAGAUUGAAGACCGACAAAGCGGAACUGAAAGCAAAGAAGGAAGAGGUGCGCGCCCUGAUCGGAGAGCUGGAAGCACAAGGACGACAGCUCGCGCAACGAUAUGAGCAGAUUCAACUUCGGACAUCUCAACUCGAAUCUCUUCCCUCUGAAAUCGCGGAAUUGGAACAGGUCAUCAGCAGACUGAAAGAUGUGCAAGAACCCAAGUCCGAGGAUGCUGAACUUUCCUUGCCUUUGCAGCCUACAAUGGACUUGUUGAGGCAGAGGGAGCAAGAAUUGCAGAGUGUGGAUUUGGAGAUUGCGAGGUUGCAGGCUGCUUUGCCUGCAAAGAAGGCUGAAGUCUCGAGGUUACAGGACGAAUUGGCGCCCAUUCAGAUGCGAAAGUUCAAAGCUGUGGAGGAGGCAAAGGAGGCAAGGAGACGACGAGAAGGUGGUGGGAAUGGGGAAGCUGAUGAGUUGGAGGAGAAGGGAAGGUGGUUGAGAGGAGUGGAGGGGAGUCUGAAGGCCAUGUUGGAGGUUUGACCUACAAUUUUCUGUCUGGUUGGUCGAUGGACGUUUCGGCGGUUGGUAAAGCAGGAUGAUACCCAUUGAUGCCGUGGGCAAGGCGACAAUUAUGGGAGAGCGAAGAACAAACGCACGUGCGUUAUCACCUUCUUCCACAUUGCUUCGGAAAGACUCAAGCAGCCAGCAGUGGAGUUGAUGAUCCUUGACUUCACUUUGCGAAGUCUGUCUGUGGUGCUUCACCUGAUGCUGUUCCCCUCCGGAUUUCCAAAUGUGGUAGGUCCCACCAAGAUGCAACCAAGGAUAACACGGACAGCCUCGCCGCUCGGUGCAUCAGGAACCGCGUAUCAUGCUCUUCCAGUCCAUAUUUGUUGUCAAUAGACCUGCUCGUAGCCUGGAUUUUGCUCCCGGAUCAGACCAUACUUCUGGAGGAUUUGGUGUGUUUACAUUCACGUCUGCAGGGUGAACCGCCACGUGAGCACUCAAAGAUUGUCCUGAUUGGGAGAUGGGCGUCGCUGGAAUGUGUGGGUAGUAUUAGCCUGAAUGCAGGUUGAUUCACACCUCCCCAGCAGCCUCUGAGCUCUCCGCAAUCGGCAAUUACACCAACAAAGCCGACCUCACCUUCAGAUGUAUCAUGACAGAAGCACAACAUUCCUGCCUUUGACGUACACUCUCGUGACCACAAAAGAAAAUCCCUGGUCCCAAACUACGGAGAAUCCACCGCCAUUAUUUUCUAGUACCAGAUCCAAAAUCUCAAGACCAACCCACCAUCAUGUCCUCUUCCGCCCCGGAAAGCAGCAGUAACAACAACAACAACAACCCACCACCACCAUCGCCCAAAAAUCCUCACGCCCAAUUCGCCCAAUACCCCUCUUUAAAAUCCAAAAUCAUCCUCAUCACCGGCGGAGCAGAAGGCAUAGGAGCCUCCUGCGUCUCCCAAUUCGCCCACCAAAAC